GAAAAGGUGAGGGAUGCUCGCCGCCUGAAGCUCUUGAAGACUCUUGUGUUCGAUAGAUUCGGAAGAAAAGUUAGGCGGCGAUUCAUCCGCUCACUGUCAAGUUUUCGGGGUAGUGGAAAACAGGAGUUGGGACAUGGACAGCCGCUUGCAGGAGAUCCGGGAGCGGCAGAAGCUACGGCGACAGCUCCUCGCGCAGCAGUUGGGAGCCGAAAGCGCUGAUAGCAUUGGUGCUGUGUUAAAUAGCAAAGAUGAGCAGAGAGAAAUUGCUGAAACAAGAGAAACUUGCAGGGCUUCCUAUGAUACCUCUGCUCCAAAUGCAAAACGUAAGUAUCAGGAUGAAGGAGAGACAGAUGAAGACAAAAUGGAAGAAUAUAAGGAUGAACUAGAAAUGCAACAGGAAGAAGAGAAUUUGCCAUAUGAAGAAGAGAUUUACAAAGAUUCUAGUACUUUUCUUAAGGGAACACAGAGUUUAAAUCCCCAUAAUGAUUACUGCCAACAUUUUGUAGACACUGGACAUAGACCUCAGAAUUUCAUCAGGGAUGUAGGUUUGGCAGACAGAUUUGAAGAAUAUCCUAAACUGAGGGAGCUCAUCAGGCUGAAGGAUGAGUUAAUAGCUAAAUCUAACACUCCGCCUAUGUACUUACAAGCAGAUAUAGAAGCCUUUGACAUCAGAGAACUCACUCCCAAGUUUGAUGUGAUUCUUCUGGAACCCCCUUUAGAAGAAUAUUACAGAGAGACUGGCAUCACUGCUAAUGAAAAAUGCUGGACUUGGGAUGAUAUUAUGAAGUUAGAAAUUGAUGAGAUUGCAGCACCUCGAUCAUUUAUUUUUCUCUGGUGUGGUUCCGGAGAGGGAUUGGACCUUGGAAGAGUGUGUUUACGCAAGUGGGGUUACAGAAGAUGUGAAGAUAUUUGCUGGAUUAAAACCAAUAAAAACAAUCCUGGGAAGACUAAGACUUUAGAUCCAAAGGCUGUCUUCCAGAGAACAAAGGAACACUGCCUUAUGGGGAUCAAAGGAACUGUGAAGCGUAGCACAGACGGGGACUUCAUUCAUGCUAAUGUUGACAUUGACUUAAUUAUCACAGAAGAACCUGAAAUUGGCAAUAUAGAAAAGCCCGUAGAAAUUUUUCAUAUAAUUGAACAUUUUUGUCUUGGUAGAAGACGCCUUCAUCUAUUUGGAAGAGAUAGUACAAUUCGACCAGGCUGGCUUACAGUUGGACCAACUCUGACAAACAGCAACUAUAAUGCAGAAACAUAUGCAUCCUACUUCAGUGCCCCUAAUUCCUACUUGACCGGAUGCACAGAAGAAAUUGAGAGACUUCGACCAAAAUCACCUCCUCCCAAAUCUAAAUCUGAUCGGGGAGGUGGUGCUCCCAGGGGUGGAGGAAGAGGUGGAACUUCUGCUGGCCGUGGACGAGAGAGAAAUCGAUCUAACUUCCGAGGAGAAAGAGGUGGCUUUAGGGGAGGCCGUGGAGGAGCACACAGAGGUGGCUUUCCACCUCGAUAAUUUUUUAAGACACUGAUCCUAUUAAUGCCCCUCUGCCUUCUUUAUUGUAGUUUGAAUUUCAACUGGGAGACUUAGUUUAGAGCUCAAUUCCAGCCUGCACUUUGCUUUAGUUUCUCUAAGCUGCAGGAGUAUCUUAGCCAACCUCCCUUGCAGUUGUCACACACACUGUCUAGUUUUGUCUGGGAUAAUCGAGUCAUCCUGCCUUUUGUCAUGUGCAUGUAACCCAACAGAAAGAAACAACACAAAUACCUUCACUUUCAGAGACUGAAUUUAUUCUGAUAGAUUCCAAAUAAUUAUAGAGGCUUUUGCUUUUUAGAAAUAGUUGAAAUGAGCAGUGAAGGCAACCCAAUCUGUCGUAUCGCGCUAGUGCUGAUGGUAGUUGGUAAAGGCAUCCUGCCGCGCAGUCACAGCAAAUGAAGCUGUUUGGGGGCCUUGAUAGAAUGGAGUUGGGACAGAUGGUAAACUUUUGGUAGGGUUUUAAAAACAUUUUCUUGAUGAAAUAAUAAAAAGAGACAUAUUUUCUUUCUUUUUAAAAAAAUCUUUAACUCAGGUAUAAUUUGACUGCAGAAGAAACUGAGAGACUUUGAAUAAAAUCACUGCCUCCCAACUCUAGAUCUGCUAGAGGAGGUGGAGCUCCCAGGGGUGGGUGGAGGAAGAGGUGGAACUUAGUUGGCUGACUUGAAGAAAGGAAAGAAAGCUCAUCAUAAUCUCAAUUGCAUAGCUACAGAUGACUCUUAAUCAUGCUUCCUGAGAAGCAAACGAGGACACAUAUCCAAGUGCUAGAACUUUGAUUUGGACUUGAACUUGGACUGACUUUCAAAGCAGUUUCAUAUUCCUUAGCAAAAUAAAAGAAAUGGAGGCAACAACAGAGACACCUGGUUAUCAGUUGCUUGGUUGAAACAUUUUGGGGAAUAAAGUGCUUGCUGAUGAGGAAAUGACAUAUAUCUUUAAACUUGUUAUGGAGAAAAGUUAAUGUAAAAUUAAUUACAGAAAACCCCCAACUUAAGAAGACAGCUUGGAAAAUGGAACUGCAGUUGCAUUUUAUUAAAACCACAUGGUGUGUUGUUUUUAAGGGACUGGUUUUGCAAUCAGUUAGUUGUGUAAGACUUUAUGCUGUCAUUUCUUUCUAUACUGUAACUCAUGUUUUAAAUGAAUUUGCUGAAUGAAAUGUCAUUGUUCUUGAUAAAUAUAUUUUUUAUUUUGUGUAUGAUUUUUCUAAAGAAACUUAAAACCUUUGAAAUUUGGGAGUCUGUUUUCUAUCAGUGGAAUUGCCCUUGUUACCAAAUGAAAAAGGACUGACGUAACAUCGGACUCUACUUUUGGUCUGGGAUGCAUUUUAGUGGCCAUUCUGUGCCUCUCACUAGCUCAUGUUAUACCUAAAAUGUUAUAUUUUACCCACUAAAAACUGAGUUCAAAGAUAAGGACUAAAUUAUAGAAAUAGGGUUGAAAUCCUUAAAAGCCUGAAGAAUUUUACUUGCUCAACUUGUUAGUACUUUGUAGUACACAUAGCAUUUGACUAAUGCCUUUCUUGAUGUAGAUAUGAUAUAUCACGGUUAGAGUUUUUACUGAAAUGAUGGUGUAUUUUCAACUUCAACACUUAUAAAUUAUCUGGAGAUAGAACUGUAUUUGUCAAAGUUGACCUGAGAAUGAAGAGGAUAGGGAGAUGUUCCCAUUGCCCAGUGUGGGUCCUUAGAAAUAUCAGCUAGAUAGUGACCCUGUGCUAUAAACAGGACUCUCUAGUGUGGUCCACGCCUUGGGCCUAACCAAAGGAAAGCAACAUUCCUGUUGCUUACCACACCUAGUCACCUGUGAGAUCUGUGUCAUAAUGUUAUCUUACAGAGAGUUAGGAAUGGCUUCUUGUAGGUUGAAAGUUAAAGGGAGCCACAGCCCACCCCACAUAUUUUGAUCAAAUAAGAAAAGAACAGGCGGUGGGAAAAAAUGCAAGGCCUAGAAUGAUCCCUUUGACAGUGUAAUGUGGCAUUUUUAUGACAGGAUGGAAUUGACUCACUAGUUUCGAUGCCCUACACUUUCAGGAAAGGUUGGGGUAUCACUUUUACAAUAGAAUCUAUAUUCAUUGAGGAAAGGUUUCCAGUGAAAACUCAUUAUUCUGACCUCCUCUGUCUUUUGAUCAUCUUUAUAUUUACACAUCUUACAUUUUCACAAGAUUUUCUAGGAAUCCCCAAAAAUAAAUUUUUAGUUGCUUCACUUGGCAAUUCCUUAUUGGGGGGAGAAGCUAAUAAUUCUGAAAUAACCCUACAUUUUUUCAGUUUGAAAGUUCUGUGAUCAGCAUACCUAAUAUUAUACAUAAUUACAAUUCUGGGUGUUUUGAGCCAAAUGUUGAUGUUUAUUUUCAGUGGCAGCAGUUCUCCCUGUUACCUUUCUCCUUUCAGAGGGUGGACAUUAGGAGGCCCAAAGUAAUUCUUUUUGACUUUUCUUCACUGUGCAGAAUAGAAAAGAGAGGAGGUUGAUGAUGUCAGCUAGAACAGAUUUUGUGGUGGGGAAUACCAUACCAAACACUGCUGAACCAGAUGAAACCAAGGAAUUGUGGAGAUGUCAGUCAAAGUGUAGAAGGUCACCAUGAGACAGCACAGGGUGGGCGGUAUCAGACGGGAGGCGGGGUGGGGAUCAGGCGUGGGGUCUGGCUUGGCAGCCCGGUCUCAUAUCUAGAGUUGGAAUGGACCAGUACUGCAUCAGCAGUAUACUUUUCUGAUACUUUGAUGGGUAGAAGAGCCACUGGUGAGUCCCUAGCUCAUAAAUACAACUUAAACUACAGACCUCCGUUACUCAAUUAAAGCCGAGGGAGUAUUGUGCCGUACUUUAGUUUUAAGUUGCUGGAGUUGUAAUGGUAAGAUGCCGGGGAGUUACGGUGUGCUGUCGACAGCUGAGGUCCUUGUGUCAUGGCUGUUUCUAGGAAUGAUUCCUUUUCAUGUCUUGUAAAAUACUUUCUACUGAUCUUAAUUGCUAAAUUACAACUUUCGAAUUAGCUAUAGCAGCUUAUUUUAAACCCCAUACUGUCUUCAUCCUGACUUUAAGAACAUAAGAGUUAGUCUUUGAAGUCUAGUUCCAGAUUUUACUGAUUUGUUUAAUAUCUUUAUUAACUUGCCAAGAUGAUGGCCCAGUUGGGAUUAAUUCUAAAUAGUGGCCUUUGAUCUGAAAGUGUCUCAUAUUUUUGUAAGCUAUUAGAAACAUAGAGCUUUGCUUUUAAGAAAGGACUUUCUUAGGACAAUCCUGUAAUCUCAGGGUCCAUGUAGGACUUUUAGCAUUAUCCUAUCUUUGAUGUUUGGGGAUAGGGACUGAACGUCAGCUUGGGUCUCAAGUAUAUGCAGUCAGUUUUGGAGCUAUAAAUCCAGGACUUCCCAGAAGGUUAGAACAUUUAUCCAGCCAGCUGAGCCCAUUGAAGAUUCCAUUUCUGGAAAAGCCACAUUGCUGCCGCUCUCAAGGCCUCCAUCAUUUUCUCUGAUAUAAACAUUGCUAGCUACGAAUCACAGAGAAAACUACCUCAUUUAAUCUACAUAAUUCUUGUAAACCAUUUUUUCCAGUAUUGGACAAAAUAUUAAAAUGAUCAGUUUGA